AUGAGUCGGCUCGCGCCAGCGUCAGCCUCCAUCGGGCAGAUGUCCACCGAACCAUUGACUACGGCUGGCAUCUUUGACGGAGGUGGUCCAUCCACUGACGGGCUCAGGCUACUCGGCUUCUCUGGCGUCAGCAUUUUUCCCACUCGGACUGGCCAGCUGAGCCGAGAUGGCCCGUGUUACUUUGGUCCUCCUGCGAAGCCGACUCUAGGGCUAGCCGAAAAACAUGUGGAGUGUACGUUGAGUCCGGCCGCCUGGCAACAGUCGUGUUUGUAUCAAUUCAUCCGCUUGGUGGGCGAAUCACUUGAUCUCCUCGCCAGUUGGAGCCGGUGA